AUGGCUAGCACAUCAUAUACCAAUUCUGGGUACGACGACAGCAAGCGUCCCUUUUCGAUGAGCAGUCUGCGCGGGGCUCCAUCCUCCCCCCAUACCCCACAACAUAACCUGCGAUCCAACAACUCCUCCUUCGCCAGCACCACCUCGAGCACUUCCUUCCGCGGCGAAGAAGAUGCCAUCAUCUUUGAGCUUGGCGCCCGCUGGCUCCGGGCUGGCUUUGAGGGGGAGAGCGUCCCGAUGUGUGUGGUAGGCUGCGGCCCCGAAGAAUGCCGCCGCGUGGGCGACUACCGCGGCUGGUUGAAGACGAACAACCCAGAUACCGACCCGGCACAGUUGCGCCCACUUGUCAACCCGGAAGACUGGGCGAGCGCCCACGAGCUCUGGAAGAUGGAUCUCCGGGGGGUAGACUUGGGCCUUGUGGAGGACAAGAUCGAGCGGGUGUUUCGAGAGACCUACAACAAAUACCUGUUGACGGACGCGGGCACGUCGCGACUGGUGCUGGUGCUCCCCGCCAUCAUGCCGCACCCGUUGCUGUCGGCCUUGCUGUCGACGCUUUUCAGUCGGUGGCGGUUCCCGAGCAUCACGUUGUUGACUAGUGCUACGAUGGCGGCGACAGCGGCCGGAGUGCGCUCCGCCUUGGUGGUGGAUAUCGGCUGGGCGGAGACGGUCGUCACGGGGGUGUAUGAGUAUCGUGAGAUCGCAAUCAAGCGGAGCACCCGGGCGAUGAAAGCCCUGCUGCAGGAGACGGGUCGAUUGCUUACAAGUAUCCCAACGGCGCGUGGGGUUAGAUCGCAGCCAGCACCGGGCGACAGUGGAAUCUCGGUCCGGUUCGAGUUCUGCGAAGAAGUUGCCAGUAGAUUUCUAUGGUGCAGACCCCGGGAGGGACCCUCACCAGCAGAUUUGCAGCAGCAGCAGCAGCAGCAACCACAACCCGACGACAGCGAAACCGAGCCCACCACACACCAUUCCCCUCUCUCCUCCCUCCUGCAGCGGACAGUGGAGAUCCCGUCCCCCUCGAACCCAGGAUCUACCUACAUCAACCUCCCCUUCUCCACCUUCAGCGAACCCGUCGAAAGCGUCCUCUUUGCUGCUGGCACAGCAGACUGCGAGCUCGACGACGAAGAAAAGCCUCUCCCGCUCCUGAUCUAUAAUGCCUUACUUACCCUGCCGCCCGACGCCCGCGGCACCUGCAUGUCACGCAUCAUCUUCACCGGCGGCGGCGCCAACAUCCCCGGCAUCCGCCAACGAAUCCUUGCGGACGUUGCAGCGCUUGUCGCCGAACACGGCUGGUCGCCCGUCCGCGGCAAAGUGAUCGAACAACAACGACGCAAGCUUGCCAACCUCCGAAUCUCCCCUUCGUCCCAAUCAGCCACAGAGAACCCCACGCAACAACAGCAACAGCAGCAGCAACCCCCGGAAAACCCCAAACCCGAGGACGAAGCGGACCUCGAAGACCCCAUCGAGCAGAAAAUCCGGCGGAACAACCGCGACCGCGACCGCGACGCGCUGCCGCCGUCCGUGCAGGGGGUGCUGCGCGAGGUCGAGUCGCUGGGCCCCUGGGCCGGGGCGAGCCUGACCACCAGCCUCAAGAUCCGGGGCCUGGUGGAGAUCGAGCGCGAGAAGUACCUCCAGCAUGGUCUGGCCGGGGCGACGACUCGCGAGUUCGAGGCCCAUGGGCACCACGUCCCCGAUCGGCGGUCGGGGUUGAGGGCCGGAGGUGGCGGGGAUCGGUCAAGUUGGACGCUGGCGGGGUGGGGGUAG